ACAACAGAUAAACGUCACAACGAGCUAUUGAAAACAAAGGUGCUGGUUUAUACCUGACACGAGUUAUUUCCUACACGCAGUUAGCUGUACCUUUGCUCGAAUAAUUGUUCAAUAACAAAUCCACAAGAAAUAAAACUACAGCUGUUGGAAAUGGAGAAGAUACCACGUGUGAAUAUGGGGGAACAUGGUACACAGGGAUAUGGUGUGUACCCAUAUCCCCCAGCACCUUCAAAUGACCUAGGAUCACAACUGGGACACUCUCAAGCCAGUCAUCAGCUGGAUUACCCACCAAGCUACUUUUCUCAGGAACACCCUGCUCCAAGAUAUCCACCUCAGGAUUACUCAUUGCCGGGGUGCCACCCUGCAAAUGAACCAUGUGAAGGCUUCCCACAGGCUCCUCCACAAUCCUUAGUUGAUGCACCUCCAGAAUAUCAAAAUGAAUUUGCCAAUGAAACAGCAAAGAACUUUUCAGAGAAAGCUAUAAGGAGAGCUUUCAUAAGGAAAGUGUAUCUCACUUUAAUGGUUCAAUUGUUAAUCACCAUAGGAAUAAUUUGCAUGUUUCUUUAUUGGCCAACCCUGAAUGUAUGGGUAACCCAAACUUAUUGGUUUACAUACGCUUUGUUUCCUGCCAUCUUAAUUUUAAUCAUUACCUUGUCUUGCUGCGAUGGUGUCCGACGUAAAGCUCCAUGGAACUUCAUGCUUCUUUUAUUAUUUACAACUCUGGAAGGCUUGCUGUUGGGAGCUGUUUCAGUUUUUUAUGGUGCUGAUGCAGUAAUGUGGGCUGUCGGUGCAACUACAUUUGUGUCACUUGGACUAACACUAUUUUCUCUGCAAACCAAGUGGGACUUUACAGCAAGAAGUGGAAUUUUAUUCGUGGUGCUAUUGGUUUUAAUAGCAUUUGGAAUUCUAUGUGCCAUAAUACAAUCAUUUUGGCUCCAUAUCGUUUAUGCCUCCUUAGGAACAUUGGUCUUCUCUAUUUACCUGGUGGUUGACACUCAAUUAAUGCUGGGAGGAAAGCACAGAUACAGUCUGAGCCCUGAGGAGUACAUAUUUGCAGCUCUGAAUCUCUACCUUGACAUCAUAAAUCUCUUCCUUUUCAUACUCCAAAUUAUUGGUCUGAGUCGUUAGGGAGUCCCAGCGCACCAUGCAGUUGAGGAUUCCCUCCAGCGUAUUUCAUUCACUUUCCACACCUCUGCCUUCGAACCCUACACCUCCAACCGCAACAAGGACAGAACCUCCCUGGUCCUAACAUUCUAGCCAACAAACUCCACAUACAUCAUCCUCUGCCAUUUCCACCACCUACAAACAGA